UCUCUCUCUCUCUCUCCCCCCAAAGUCCAAGUCCAUGUUUUUCUCUCGCUAUGAUAAUGGCUAUUCCUCCACCAAUGUCUUCUCCUCUCUUUAGUCCUGUCGAUAAUUGACAGAUACACACCCCCUCACUCUCUCUUUCUCUAUUAAGCAAAACAAUAUGUUUGUCCCUUCAAAUCUUCUACCUUCUUGGCUUGCCGUUCUGCUCACUGAGAAGUUCUUCAACGCUUGCAUAAUUCACGAGGAGGAGAGGAAGAACGAGAAGAACAUUUACUGCUUGGACUGUUGCAUCAGUUUCUGCCCUCACUGCUUGACCCCUCACCAAUCUCACAGACUCUUGAAGAUAAGGAGAUACGUUUACCAUGAUGUUAUAAAGCUAGAUGAUGCUUCCAAGUUAAUCGACUGUGCUUUGGUUCAAUCAUACACAUCCAACAGUGCAAAGGUGGUGUUUUUAAACCAAAGGCCGCAGACAAAGAAUUCCAGAGGCUCCGGCAACGUGUGCAGUACCUGUGACAGAAGCCUGCAAGACCCUUAUCUCUAUUGUUCUCUCUCUUGCAAGAUUGAUCACGUUGUAAGAACAGAAGGUGGUCUGUCCAAGUAUCUCCGUGAGUGCAAUUUCAUGGCUCUACCCGACCCUGGUUUAGACGACGGUUUGCUGACUCCCGACACGGUUCUCGAGCCGGCCGGUUCGGUCCGAACCUCCUCCGGUUCCGCAGGCUACGGCGAAUUGGGUUGCAUGUCCUUGGCAUGUACAGCUACGACAGAGAUUGUGAGGAAAAAGAGAAGCAGCUUAUUGAGGGCGGCGUGCCGGCCGGUUUCUUCACCGGUGUCGGAAAUCCCGGCCGGCCGGAGAAAGGGGACUCCACACCGGGCUCCGCUUCAUUGAGUUUGUAUACAUAAAGUUGAUGAAUGAGAUCGUAGAGAAAGAUUUGGUGGGUAUGAAAAUUGAAGUAACUCACUGACAGAGAUGAGUGAGUGUCACCAAUCAAUCAAUGAAAAGAUUGACACUUUGGAUUAAAGAUUUGAUUUUGGUUGCUCUGGGUGGAAUGGUGAUUGAAGAUUUUCCUCCGUUUCUUACGGCAAAAGGUUGUGAGAUCUUAUUUACUGUGAGUAAUGGUGAACCCUGAUAUAUUUCUGGUCAGCAAUGAUGAACAGUGACUAAUGUUGUAAAAAGUUCCCUACUUUGGGUAGGUAUUUAUUGCAUUUGCGAUUCCUCCAAUUUUGAAGGGAUUAUAUUUGAUCAUAUAUCUUGGUCAGUAUAUGCUGCUCAAGUCAAACUCGGUUUAAA